CCAAACCGCUGUCCCUCGAAUCCUCCUCCUUCCCACGGCAGAUUUCUGGCCACCUCCUAUACAUAGCCCAGCUAGCCUCCCACCCUUACCCGUUCCCCGACCCAGCCCAGAGCCGCGCGCGGAGGCGUUCGCACACCUCGCCGCGCUAUAUCUCCGGGCGCGCCCGUCCUCUCGCCGCGCGUCCUUCGCUCCCCGCACCACCACCCCUUCCGUUGCGCUCGUCAACGGUCACGGAGGCUGCACGCUCCGGGGAGAGAAGGAGAGAAGGGAGAGGACAGGACAGGACAGGAUGCUGGGGUUCAGGCAGCAUAUGCCGUGGUCGUCGGCGGCGCCGGCGGAGCCGCUGUGCGACAAGGCGGCGGCCGUCGUGGCGGCGCGGCGCGGGAUGGAGAGGCCGCUGACGGCGGUGGCGGAGGCGUUCGAGGAGCUGGCGCGGGGGAUGGAGGCCGACGGCGGGGAGCUCCGCCUCGCGCCCUUCGGCGACACCUGCGCCCUCGUCUCCGUGCUCUUCAGCUCCCUCGGCAUGGCGUUCAAGUUCGCCGAGAUCGAGUACGUCACCAAGGUGAACGACCUCAUCGGUGCGGGCAAGUCGUACGGCACGCUGAACGACAUCCUCGACAAGGACUUAGAGAACGACUCCGUGAAGAAGCAGGGCAGCCACUCCCGGAACCUGCGCAGGGUCCGCCUCGGCCUCGGCCUCAUCAAGGUCCUCUUCGAGCAGUUCCUCGCCACCGAGGGUUCAUUGUAUGAUGCUGCCACCACUGCAUACGGGCAGGUCUGCGCGCCGUUUCAUAGCUGGGCAAUCAGAAAAGCUGUUGGUGCUGGGAUGUACACUCUCCCAAGCAGGGAGCAGUUGAUAGUGAGGCUGAACGAAACUGAUUGCUCCGUGCAGAAGGAGAUGAGGAGAUACAUUGACGCUUCUAGUCCUAUUAUAGAAUACAUCGAUAACCUUUUCCUCUCGAGGAACAUUAACCUAGAUUGGUGAACUGAACCGAAGAUCAUGUUUGUAGCUUGUUCUCAAGCUGUUCUUGAUGCCAUUGAUACAACUGCAUGAUAAUUCUAGUACGACCAUGGAUACACUUUUCUUCUCCCAGAUAUGCAUAUUGAAUUGUAUGGACAA